GCGGGAAAAAACGGCCAAUCAAGUCUCAUAUCGCGCCAUUUCUAACCGCGACACGCGCACUUUUCGGCCACUUGAUGGAGUCUCCGCGGCCAUCGGCGUCUUCGGACGAUCGCAGACUGUCCGACGUGUCGUUCGCGCAUCCCGACAGCCCCUUGUAUCACCCUAGCGACAGCUUCGCCGAGUCCCAGCAAUGCAGCGCUGACCCUAGCGCAUUUUUAGGGUUUCACGUGCCUCCGAGCGCCGAGGAGGUGGCGCUACCACCAGUGAAGGAAAAGAAGCAGACGCUUAAGCUCGUACUGGAUCUGGAGGCGACAGCAGGAGUCACAAGAGGCGGCGAUGGCUUCCGACCUGUCGCGCAAUUAAGUGCGAACCCAUUCAACGAGUUAUUCGCUGAAGACACGCAGAUUGACGAGAAUAUAAGGACACAGGAGAAGAAAGAAGAGAAGAAGGUGAGCUCUCCUUUAAAAAUACGUAAACAGGAGCUUCAGGAACUCAGAAACGGGUCUCCAAGUCCUCCACCAACCCUGUUGAAGGCCGUGGAGACGGCGUGGCGUGCUCGUAAGGAGAAAUCGACCAGUAAUAAAGCAGAAGAUGCCGAGGACUCUGUGGCUGCGUAUUCGGAGUACAGUGAAGACCUGGCGCCGAGGAUUUUCCAGACUACGUUAAAGGAAACGUCGGAUACUGAGGUGAAAGAUGUGGAGAAGGAGAACGUUGAGAAGAGUAUUAUUGAAGAUAGCGAUCGUGAGACGGAUUACGAGGAUGAGAUGGAGUGUACGCAACAGCUGGAAGAGGCUGGAGAUGGAGAUGUGACUCAAAGCUAUGGACACGCUGGUGGAGAUGAUGAAGCGGAGACAGAAGUGUACCCAUACUCUGAUACAGGAACGCUGCCUUAUGGAGCCUGUUCGUCUGCAAUGGAUGCAGUUGACGGCGAUGAGAAGAAAAAUGAUAGUAAGGAUGCAGGGUAUUCUCCCGACUCAGUUGUUGUACCCACACCAGAUCAAAAGAACCAGAAAAGUUGUGAGGAUGAAGUGACAAGUCGAGAAGGAUCGCAGGCUACGCAGCAGGACUAUUUAACGCCAAGAGUUAACCCCAUUCGAGUGGUAAAACCUGAUUCGACUGAAGUGAACGCAAAGCCGGUGGAGGGAGUUUCGGACACCACGAAUGAUGACGAACAGGAGGACUGUGUACCUACGCAGCCUAGUAAGACUGGGACGGAGGGCGAACCGGUUGUUGAGCCGAACUCACCUAUGCAAAACGCAAAGAAAAGUGAUGAUCUAGUGGCGAGUUAUGCUGCUGCUGGAGGUGAUUCUCAGACGAAGGCGAUCCGCAGCCUGGAAUUCUCCUUCUCCAUGCCGUCGCAGGACGGUGAACCUCACUUCAGUGCAAGCCUAACUAGUGAAGGUACACCAGCGUCCAAGAGGAUAGAAAAUUUCUCUAGAAGUGACAGACCCAGUCCGUUCGAGUCUUCUAUCAGCCCGGUAUAUCUAGCUACACCAACGCCAACACCAGUGGAUAAUCCCACUGCCCCCAAGAAUUCUAUUACUACGACCGAUGAACAAGUGAGCUCCAAGAGGAAAACUUUGUCCUCGCCAGAUAUACCAACAGGCAAAAAGAAGCAGAAAAUCUCGACUAAGCCUCGUGAUUCCCCGAGCCAGGGCAUCUACACCCCGAAAACCAAGAAACGAAGGCGCGAGUUCUUGUCUCCUGAUGGAAGUGAACCCUCGAAAGACGAUGCAGGUGACCCCCAGACGCCUCGACCUCCUGCACGACGUAGUACUCGAACUACUCAGUCAACACCUACCUCAACUCCACAAGUUCGAACUCGAACACGGACGUUAACGCCAGUACCGUCACAACGUGCAUACGGUUCAAGAUCUCGGACUCUGUUCAAGUACAAAUUUGAGUUUUGCUUGACGGGAUUCGUGAAAGCUGGAGAGGAGACUUUGAAGGAGUUAAUUGAAGGCCAUGGAGGUAAAAUUCCAGAGCGCUACCAGGACGUACUAUACAAAAACAACCCUAAGGGCGUGGUGAUUGCGACGCCUGUAUCCUGGAGGAAGCGCAAGUUCAUGCAAGCUGUUGCGUGUGGAAUCCCCGUUGUCCACACGGACUGGAUCAAAGAUUGCAUUGACGCUGGGUAUGUGGUACCAUUCGAUGGGUAUCAAGUGCCAACGGGAUAUUCCGUUACUACUCGAAAGUUCGAGUGCUUCCCCCCUAGAGAGCUACACAUUUUUGAAGGCUAUUCCUUUGGCAUCGUCAGUGAUGUUUCUCAAGUAUCCAAGUCAGAGGCAAAGGACAAGGCCAGUUUGAUGGCGUUUAUAUUGAAAGCUUGUGGUGCAGACGCCGUAUACGAGAAUUUGUCUAGCAAGAGUGGCGUCAGUGUUGAUGUGGUGCUAUGCGACGAGUACACACCGACAUGCCGGUACUAUAAGAGAAAGCGCCAUUUGCCGGUUAAAGACUUUCAGUGGGUUACUGAGUGCAUGAUCCUUCAGAAAUUUCUGGACCCGGAAGAACCGGUUUUUGAGCCACACCGCGUAGGUAGCGAAGAUGUGUUUGCAGCGAGUGCUGAGAUCGGUGACAAUGACAACACCACUUUGAAACUACAUACUGGCGAGCUUGUAAUGGCGGACAUUUCAGGUAGCGCGGCGGAUCACUACCUUCUGUUUAAUGUCUGCGAGAUUUUGAGCAUUCACGUGAGUGGCCGCAAAGAUGAAGGCUCGCAAUCAAAGCGAAAGGAUAGCAAGGAAAAUCGUGUUAUGCUUCGAGUGGGCAUGCUGAAACGUGAGCCAUACAAUCCCGAGCUUUCGAAGACUCCAGUCAAAGUGGUGGACAUCUCGUCAUCGCAGGUGAAGAGAAGAGUCGUGGCGAUUUCGAAGCAAGACUACCACAAGCUGAAGUAUAAAGAUGAGAGUAUCUUUUACUUGGAGGAUAGCACGUCUGACAAAUCUGACAAACCUGCAGUGUCUGAGCACAGGUGGCUAACUCAAUGAAGAUGCUAAUGGCCUGUUGAUUCUACAUUGGCAAGUGUUCUGUUAUUCUUGUCCUUGAUCUCGAGCAUUCUGCUCAUCAAGAAGCAUUCGGUUUGGGAUAAACAGGUAAAGCCAUGGCUAAUAAUUUGAUAAAAAGUCAUCACAUCUUGGUUAGCUGGGACGCAUAGGUACAAUACCAAAGGUGCGUGCGUACCUUUCGCAUGGGAUCAACACCAGUAUCGGAGAAGAUUGUCUGCUCGGAUAGUAUGAACAGUGUGAAGUUG